UAAUUACAUACCUGUUCUCAGGCAGUAGUUCAACAAAGAUACUACAUGAACAUCCAACCUUGAGCCUGCCAUAUGAAUAAGUAUGUUUGAAUAUGGAAUAUGUUUGAAAACAAUAGUAAUGUUUGAUCUCCCUCCCCUUCUCAUUUUCCAGGAAUGAGGACCGCAUGGAGCGUUCUGAACGGGCAUGCACUAAAAUGGAUAGUAUUGAAGCCACGGAGGAGCAGCAACCCACUCUAGAUGAGGUAGUUGCCUGGGCCCGUAGCUUCGAGCUGGUGAUGCGCUCCUCAGAAGGCAGGGAGAUUUUCCGAGAAUUUCUGCGCUCUGAGUACAGCGAAGAGAACCUGUUGUUCUGGCUGGCCUGUGAGGAGCUGAAGAAGGAGACGGACCCGACUGCGAUCGAUGAGAAAGCCAGGAUCAUCUACGAGGACUACGUCUCCAUUCUAUCGCCGAAAGAGGUGAGCCUGGAUUCGCGGGUGAGGGAAGGCAUCAACCUGAGCCUGACGGAGCCCAGCAACUUGAUGUACGAGGAGGCCCAGCUGCAGAUCUACACCCUGAUGCACAGAGACUCCUACCCCCGUUUCCUCAACUCCUCCGUUUACAGGGACCUUCUGGACAGCAAGAGAAGCUCCUGCGUAGACACCUAAAGUAACCCCCACCCUCCCAAAAAACAAGAAGACAAUAAGGUGCCAGAACUGGGUUUGAUAUUUUCCUUUUUUGAAAAAGAAACAAGAAAAUAAUAAAUAGUUUAAGCAAUUUCAAGUGUCUGCUCGCAGGCAGCCCUGAGGUUUAGUUCCUGGUUUAACUGCAGAUAAGAGCUCCUCGGGCUACUGUGACAAAGAGAAACAAAAGGAAGGACAGACCCAUUGUUUCUGUACUGUACUUUUGAGAGUUCUCCUUUCGCUCCCUCUUUCUCUAUCUUGCUCUGUAUUUUCUCUCAAAUUCUGUCCCAUGCCUCAGCCAUUUUUACAGUCCAAAAACAAUGUAUUUUUUACGAUGGCUGUAGAGCUUGACCGUGGUGAGCAGGAAAAUCAGACUUUGCAUGUAACAAGGUAAUGGAAUUCGCUCUACAGUAGCUUGGUAUUUUAGCAGUGGACUGCAAAGGUUCUUGAAUAUGAGAUGUAUUUUCUUCUGUUCUUGGGAUAUACCCUGUCAAGCUCUUGAUGUGAAGGGAAUAUUGAUAUUUGCCAAUUAGCUUGCAGUCGUUGAUUUUGAGAAGGUUGAAAGUUUUACAGCAGUGUUAAUAUCCAAGCACUUGACUUCUUUACAACUCUAAAACUGGGAGAAGGGCUAGAAUUGUGGUCGGGCAGCUAAAUGUCUUAUGAACAUUACUUUCCACGGGAAAUCACAAUGCCUUUAUGUGAAAAGGGCAGCACAAGAGCUGCUUGUUAUGGCAACAACACAGUUUAGUAAACACAGAGUCCUUUCUAUCCUUCCCACACCAUCACACCCUGAGAGAAGCACAGGUUAUGUCAAAGGUUGGAAUCAUUGUUGGAGGAAAAAAAUAAAUCAAAACAUUCAAUUCAGUCGUUUCAUACAAUAAAUCAUGAACACUUUACAGCUCUCGAGAAUGAAAGAGAACCAUUUACUUAUUAGUUUUUCUACUGCCUAUAAUAUAAAUAGUAGUAAUCACGAUGCCUUGGUUUGGAAGGUCAAUUAUAAGAUAGUGGUAUGUCUAAUGCAUCACCAUGAGGUCUAAGAGUGGGAUGCAAUGCUGACACAUGGAAUUAUGAAGUAGGCCUAUAUGGCUUGUUGUUUUAAAGCUGUAGCUAGUCCUAGACUGAAGGGGGUCAGUACCAGCUAAGUAACAGCCCAGUCGGGGGCAGAAGAGGUGGAAUCAGACGUAUUUAUAUAUAGGUUGUUUGGAGGUUUGCAGUCCUGUUCACCAGAUGUGCGUCUGUCUUUAAGACUGGUUAUUGAGGCUCCAAUAAGUUGAUUGGAUCUCCGGUGAGCCCCAUGCCUUUAAGUCUCUCUGCUUUACAGAGUUGGGCAGGGGAGGUGAAUGGAUAUUUUUGAGACGGGUCGUUGUUUUUUCCCCUAAAAUUGCCAGCACGCAUUAUUGUGUGUACCUGCCGUCCAGAUACAUACUUAUCAAAACAUUUUAAAGAGUUGAAGUCCCAUGAACAUAUAGGCCUAAAAUAUGUUAAAUGAUUUUUUGUUGUUGUUGCAAGUGUGACAUUUAAACAUGGAGAGAUUAUUGCAGGCCUUUGUCACCUGUUGAUGUGUAAAGGUCAGUGCAUGAGUAAAGUAUAUUGUGAGAGGGAGAGUUGUGUGUAUUGUCACCACUGGUGGGUAAUGAUAUUCACGUGUCAUUGAAGCAGUGCCACUCUUCUGUUUGAACAUACUACCUGACGUUCAUGUGCCAAGGCCAGUCAUUAUUUCAUUCAAUUAAGGGUUUUAAUAAAGCCCAUAUACUCUAGGUUAUUGAAGUGCAAUUGGAUCAGAUGUAGGCUUUCUGUUUGUAUUCAUUCACAAAAAUGAACAUAUAGCAUAGCCUAAUGAUAUCAGCCAUUUUGAACAUCCAACAAUAUUCUAACGUUCUGUAAAUUUCGUUCACAUUCAGCCACCUUUCUAGAUAGUUUGUUGCAAUAGUGUUUGCAUACUCUUUAAUGAAGAGUGAUACAGUGAAAGUGAUACAGUAUGCAUGCACCACAGUGGUUAGGUAGAGGAUACCUUUUUAUGUAGCUCUAUUAAUGACAAAAUAAACGACUUGCUCAUUUUAGAUAUUAUUUCAGCUGUAACUUCUGAAUGUUUGACCAACCAGACAGUGAAAUUAUGGUUCAAUCAAACCGAGUUUACAUUCAUGCGGUGAGCAAUCAUCCUGGAAACGCAAGAGAAGCCAAUUGCAAAAAAAAUGUAGGUAGGAAAAUGGUUCUGAAUGAUUCACAAUUAGCGUUUUACACUGGGUGAAGAGUAGUAUUGCAGGUUUGUACGACGUGUUCUCUGGUGUCUCGGAGUAAUUGAUUAUUUUCACUCCAUGGAAAGAAAUGGUUGUUCAUUUUACUGACAUUUCAACAAGGAUUUAGCAAUUAAUGACAUGAGGUGGUAUCAUAGGCAUAGUGUCAUGUUCAAAUGUUGACUUUCAAUUCAGAAUGAAUGGCUUUGAAAGGUGGCAGAGGUUUGUUGGCAGAAUAAGAUUUUUAUCUAAAGUGUCAGAAUUGAUGUGAUUAAGAGAAGCAUUGGCCUUAUCUACUGUGUUUCUCCUUUAACUUUCAUUAGGGAUUUCACUACCUCUCAUAUUGGUUAAUUUAUUUCACAUCUAGUUGUCAAUGUACACUUUGUUUUUAGAUCUACUUGAAGCCUAAAACACUGUAAACAAAAUGUGCACAGAAAAUAUGUAUUAAGCGUUAAAGGACGAUUAGCCUAGUUAACUUUUUUGUUUGUUUAAUUGUGUUCAACUGGAAAAAGAUUUUUAGAUAUAUAAAUAAUUCAGGAAAUACACUGUUUAAAGGGCUAAUCUCAUUUUGCCUAUGCAAAGAUGUUACUGUUGAAAUGGGAAAGGAUAGGUUAAGUUUGAUGGAACAUGGUUUACAUUGCCCUUUGCUGAUAUUUAUAUCUUAUUCAGCAAAAAUGUACCCUUAGUUUUGUUUCUAUAUAAAUAUAUAA